AUGCGCUGGCUGAGUUUGCGCCAACUCUGCGGGGCCACAUUGCUGCUCCUGCAGCAGGUGGCCCUAGCAGAUCUUGGGAUUCAAGCGAAUAAUGUCGAAACACUCAAGUCAGCCGGCAAGGACCUCGCCGCCCCCAUGAUGGACUUCUACAAGAAGAACCAGACCGAGGGGAUUCCCGGCAAGCUCACGGGGACGUGGUAUGUCGCCGGCGCCAUGUUCAUGACGCUCAUCCAGUACUGGCAGGCCUCGGGCGACGACACCUACAACUCCAUCGUGUCACAUGACCUGAUGUUCCAGUCGGGCGAGAAUUACGAUUUCUUCUCGAAGAAUUACAGUCAGUGGCUGGGUAAUGAUGAUCAAAUGUUCUGGGGGUUGGCCUCCAUCACCGCUUCCGAGACAGGCUUCCCCGACAUCUCGGGCAAACCGACAUGGACCUCGCUCGCUCGCGUUGUCUUCAACAUGCAGGUCGAACGUUGGGAUAGGGGCACCUGCGAUGGUGGCAUGCGCUGGCAGAUCUGGCCCUAUCAGGCCGGCUAUACGAUGAAGAAUGCCAUCUCCAACGGUGGUCUUUUCGAGCUGUCGGCCCGACUGGCGCGCUUCACCAAGAACGGGACCUACGCCGACUGGGCCGAGAAGAUCUGGGACUGGUCCGUCACUACGCCCUUGCUGCAGACCGACCGAUGGUACAUCGCCGACUCAACGUCCAACGAAGCCAACUGCAAGGAUGCCGGCAACACGCAGUGGUCGUACAACUACGGCACCUACCUGUCCGGAGCCUCUUUCAUGUAUAAUUAUACCAACGGGGACCAGAAAUGGCUCAACCGCGUGAAUGGACUGUUGGAUUCGCUCUUGGCCACCUUCUCCCCCAAGCAACUCGGCGGCAACGUCCUGUCGGAAGUGGCUUGUGAGCCCAUCAUGACCUGCGAUCGAAAUCAGCUCGGGUUCAAGGGGUAUGUAGCCAUGUGGCUGGCGCAGACGUCCAUCCUCGUCCCCUCGACCGCAGAUCGCAUCUACCCCGUGCUGCAGGGGUCUGCUCUGGCCAUCUCCAAACAGUGCUCCGCGCCCGACAACACCUGCGGCAUGCGAUGGUACCAGCCCACCUGGGAUGGAUACACUCCCGGACUAGAGACACAGAUGGCCGCUCUCGCCGGCGUCACCUCGAACCUGAUGUUCUUCAAGUCCGCUGCCCCCAAGACCAUCGAGUCGAACCCCGACGGCAAGGAACAUCAGAUUGCUACUCCGGGGGAUGAAAGACCGGACCAGCUGGCGCCAAUCAACACGGGGGACCGCGCCGGAGCGUGGAUUCUCACCGUCGUGAUUGUCGUGCUCGUGGGAGGCUCGGUCGGCUGGUUGAUUAAGACUUAG